GUUGCCUGGAAGCAGCUGGGGACACAAUGGGGCUUGGGCGGGAGUAGGGUGAGGUGUCCAGCUACCCUAUUUUGUCCUCCGAGCCAGCAGCGCCCGGGAUACGCGGCCUCGCGGAUCCGGUUGCAGAGCCACCGCGUCCCGGCCUUAGGUGCAGCCCCCACGCUAUGGGCUCCGAGGUCUGGGUCGGGCCUUGGCGGCCUCACCGGCCCCGCGGCCCCAUCGCGGCGCUGUACAGCGGCCCGGGGCCCAAAUACAAGCUGCCGCCCAACACCGGCUACCUCCUGCACGACCCCUCCCGGCAGCGCGCUCCCGCCUACACCUUCGGCAUGCGCCUCCCGGAGCGGCAGACGACCUGCGGGCCCGGGCCAGGCUACCUGGUGCCGCCCCGCAUGACCGCGCGCGGCUCCGAAGGCUGCCCUGCCUACUCCAUCCAGGGCCGCCUGCGAGCCUCGCCGCCCUUCCGCACUCCUGGACCGGGCAGGUACUUCCCGGAACGCUCGGGGAACGCCACCUACCCCAGCGCGCCUCGCCACAGCAUCGCAUCCCGGAACUGGGGCGUCCAAGGCUGGCACCAGACCCCAGGUCCCGGGGCCUACACAGUGCCCUCGCUCCUGGGCCCGAGCGUCGUCGGCAAGGUCUCGGCGCCCACCUACUCCAUCUACGGCCGCAGCUCGGUGGGCAGCUGCUUCGAGGACCUCAGCAAGAGCCCGGGCCCCUGCGCCUACCACGUGGUGAACCCCGGGGUCUACAAGACCCGCGCGCCCCAGUUCACGAUGCAGGCGCGGACUUUUCUCCCCCAGGACAACACGCUCAAGCCGGGGCCUGCGGCCUACAACGUGAACAAGCACCAGAAACCCCGUGGCUGGAGCUUCGGAAUCCGGCACUCGGACUACCUGGCCCGGAUGGUGACCGACCCGAACAAGUGACCCGAGGGGCGGGCCGGGCGCUGCCUGCAGCCCUUCACUUAAAGUUUCCGGCUGACCCA